AUGGGGCAGUAACAAUCUACAGGAUAUGACUUAUCAUAAUAUUAAUAUGUUGAUGAAGUCGUAGAUCCAAUUUAUGGAGAAGGCAAGCUAUUCCAAAAGCAUGAGACAGGAGAGAUCAUUUGUCUUAUCGAAAAAAUGAUCUAAGAGGAAACUAAAACCUAAGAAAUGUCACUUAAGUUGGAUCAUCCAAAUCUAUUAAAGAUUUAUCAUUAAUAAGUAAGUGUGAUGAAAGAAUUGUGCUCCUCUAUUAAUAAAUUAACUAUUGUUUAUGAAUUUACGAGUCUAAAUUUAAUUACUAACAUCAAUCAUAGAAGAACCAAGAACAUUCCAUUUACUUAAUAACAAUUAUGGGGUCUUUUGCAUCAAUCUUUGAGUGCCCUAAAUUACCUUAAAUAAUUUGACAUCUACCCUAUGGAUUUGAAACAAAUGAUGAUUUCUAGUUAAGGUUCUAUUAAAUUUCAUUCAAUUUAAUCUAAAUAAUUGAGUAAUUACAAAAAAUUGCUUUACAAUUUAACAGAUGAUAUCCACAUUUCCCCUGAGGAAUUAGUCUGUUUAAAGAGAAGAGACACCAUACUAAAUUUAGAUUAUGAAAAGUGUGAAUUGUUUCAAAUAGGCUUAACAUGUUUGUAUGCUGCUUCCUUAGUCGAAACUAAUGAUAUUUUUGAUCUAAAAACAUUUUCCUAUUCAUAGAGUAAGAUUCAGUAGAGAAUCCAAUCACUUAAAUACUCAAUAGAUUUCAAGAGCAUAUUAAAUCAGUUGUUGCAUCAAGAUCCCUAAAAUCGAGGUACAUUCUACACUUGGUUAAAUUAAUUGGCAUAAAUAGAUGCUGAAAAUAACAUGUUAUUAUUGUAAACUUAGGAUCAAUCCAAUAAUCUUAAGAUUAAUAAGUAGGUUAAUUAAUUUUUAGAUUAUCAAAUAGAAUAUAUGCCUCAAAAUCUUCCUUAAAGAAUUCCUGAACCUGUUCAAUCGCAAUACUUAAUUUCAUUAUAGUCAAAUCUACCAGCUUCAAACCUUCCUCAAAGAACUGUACCACAAAAACCUUUUCACAUAGUUACUCCUGAUUAAUCUAGAAUUUCUAAAGAUAUUAAGAGAUCACAAUUAUCUCUUCAACACCCACAUGACAAUAAUAAAAGUGAAUAACAAUUGUACCAGGAUUCAGGACAAACAGUUUAAACUUAGAAUGAUGAAAACUUUGACAAUGAUUAAUUCAAAUAGCAACAACCAUAACAGCAAUUAGAUUCAAAUUAUUUUUCUAACUUACCAGCAAAUAAUAACCUUGUUAAGAAUUCACAAUACCCUAUUCAAAUGCCAACUUUUUCCUCUAACAUUUAAUAGCAACAACCCCAAAAUGCUUUUAAUGUAUUGAAAUAGAAUAAUUAAUAUUCCUAAUAAUUAUAAGCUCAGAAACAAUCGUAGAUGUCAUAACAUAGUAACAAAAGUCAGAGAGAAGAGAGGAUUGAGCAGGCAGUUAAAUCAUCCAAAAUGGCACUGCAACAAUUUGAAUUUGCUCUAUAAUCGGCAUCAAAGGGACAGCCUCCUGGUAAUAUAUGA